UAAGAAACUCAACUCAUGCACCGGGAUUCCGGCAGCGGGCAGGAUCCCAGGGGAGAACACAGCGAACCCAGCGGGAUGCCAACGCUUCAACCGCCUCUAUCCGCGGAUCCCGUUUAACCCAGGCUCCAUUCCAGUGGGGAAAAGCACCCGGAGAGCCGCCGUGCCCUCCCCUGGACGGCAUCGAGGGCUCCAACAGCCCAGACCCGGUCCGAGGGCUGCGCACUCCAUGCGCCCGCAGGCGGGAGCGGCACCGAGUGACUGUGUGUGCUCUCGUUCUUUACUUCGACCGUGGAGGAAAUUUAAGCAAGAACAUGUAUAGUGAAUUGCUAAACUCAACCAGUGCCACCGAAGCUCACCUCAUCCUUCAGACCAACACUCCCUACCUGGGCAGCACGCAGCGACCCGUCAGCUCCUCCGCCUUCUACAUGUCGACAGCCAGGGUGCUAAAAGAAGGCGAGAUCAACAAGCCCGACCUGGUGACUUACAUCAUCCUCUUUUUCUUUCUGCUCUUGACUGUGACACUCAUCGUGCUCUUCAUUAACUGCCAGCUGAAAAAUUCUUUUUUUGCUACUCUUCCUUACGACAGAUCCCUCCGGGAAGCGAGGAGCCCGUGGAGGACACAGGCUGUGUGACACGAGGAGGAAAACAGCGUCUUCCAGCAGCAGCAGGGAGCAGCAGCGUUGUGCAGCACAGCUUUCUCGUCCGCAUGGCAGCGGGUGGCUUCGACCCUCCUUAAAAUAAUAGGCUGCGCCGCGGGGAAAGGUUGCUGAAAGAGACGCCGUAUGCAAUGGGAAUAGCUGUAAAUAAAAGGCUGUGCGACGAACUGGAGAGACCACGCUUUGGCAAAUUGAUCGGAGCAAAAAGGAAAUUGCCCCCCGAUUCCAGAUUAAGCGCUAUAUGUAUGCAAAUGUCAUCACCGACCCAUUCAGUGCCCAUAGAAGGACAUUUGCAUUAACAGCAAUCUCUGAUUUGUGCAUCUGGUGCAGCUUGCUACCCAUGUUUAUGAAAUCACAGCACUGAAUGUAAAACACAGCGUAUUUACCUAACGGCUCCACUCUGAGGACCAGAGUUUACUUUCCAGACCCGUUUCUCUCCACUGCUGCUGAAUCGCUCGGUAAUGCAAUGGGAGCCAUGCCUGGCAGGAGAAAACCAGAAACGGUGGUUUAGGUUUUGAGUGGGAUGCUGCUGGGGGUGGUGGUGGUGUUUUAUUGCAUCUUCAGUCGGGUUUCAAGUCACUGCCAGCUAUGGGAACCACUGAAUACCUGAGUAAUUCGUUUUCAACUUCCUUAAGUUGCAAAGGAAAUUUCUCGCCAAGGCAUGAAACCAAAAUAAUCAGGAUGGAGAGAAGGAAGAAGAGAAAAUAAACAUCAUUAAUCGUAUGUAAACUAAUGAAAGGGGAGAGCAGAGCGCUCCGAGCUCCGUACAAGCAGCAGAUAACUUUGGAGAGCCACUGUGUUACAGCAGGAGCUGCUCCAUGGCAGCACUGCCACUCCUUGCUGUCACCAUAAGGCCGGCAGUCAGGAGCAUGCUUCAUCAAAAGGGCAGCAGCAUGAUUGAUUCACCACUCAUUAACGGUAACAUACACUGGUUUAGAUUAAUUAGCAAUCCGGUUUUGUUCUAGAAGCUGUACUCCUGCUUCACCUUUGCUGACAUGCUAUUUAAAUAGAUGACAGUUUUUAGGAAAUUUGCAGUUAGAGUGCCAUAAUUAUAGACCAUACAGCACAAACCCCAGAACAGUAUUCAUGUUCCCACAGCGGGCAAAGGGCUCUUUUCUGGUUGUUUCCUCAGCCGCAGUGUCUCCACGCACAGCUGAAUCGCAGACGGCCAGAAACACACCCUUAAAACCAACUUCUACUCCCACUUUUGCACGUGGACCUCCAAGCAAAGGAGAGGAGGUCGUGCAGUGCCAGAACUGCGGCCCUCAAUGCGUCCUUAUCACACGGAGUGCAGCAGAAGUGCUGUGUGUACACAGGCACGUAAAGGACUCCAUCCAAAUGAGGAGAUGCUACGGUGCAGUGACACACAAGCACGUGGGACAGAGACAUGAACAUACCUGGGCCCUGACAGCGAGCUUUUAUACAAAGAAGUUGCACAGUUGAUAUACUUCCAAGUCACUGCCUUGGUUACCAUCUUUUGUUACACUCAAAAAAGUGAAGCCUACCACAGAGCAGCCCGAAAUGCUUUAUUCCUUGACAGGUGGCCAAUUUUUAUCUCAUCCGAACCAAAUUUCACUGGUGUAAUUCCAAACAAUUAUUCUAAUGCAGAAAUAAAGAAUAAAUUCAAGUGUGUAUAUCUCAGCCCAUUUUGAAUAAAUUGAGUU